UUUUGAGUACAGUUUCCGCUGUGUUUCGGAGUGGGAUCUACCGACAAUGCGGUUCUUGCUACGGAAACUUGUGGUUCUGAGAAAAGUGAGUGCCGAUAGUGGGAGCCAUGUUUUUCUGCUGUUCACGUUCACCCUGAUGGCGACUGAGUAAAACCUUUGUAUUGCUGCGUGCACGGUGACGAUGAUGUCGCGGGCGGAGGGCCGCGUCAAGGAGGAGGUGGAACCGCUGUGCUCGCCGUCCAACAGCGGAGGCAGCCUCUACUCGCCGUGCACCACGACGGCGCUGCCCGGCGACCUUGCUGAUGAACCAGUGGCAAGGAACGAUAUGCCUGCCUGCGUAAAGGUAGAAUUUUGUGAAGAAGAGGGGCAGAGGUACAAUGUCUCAGGCACGUGUUCACCAAGUGGAGGAAGUCCUGACAGGCAAUACUGCAGCUCCACAACACAACCUGGUCCUGGCAAUGCUGAAGAGGGCAUGAAGGAGGAGGAUCUUCCAAGAAGACUGUGCUUAGUUUGUGGAGAUACAGCAUCAGGGUUCCACUACGGUGUUGCCUCUUGUGAGGCGUGCAAGGCUUUCUUCAAGAGAACAAUUCAAGGUAACAUUGAGUACACCUGCCCUGCAUCAAAUGACUGUGAAAUAAACAAGCGCCGACGUAAAGCGUGUCAAGCCUGUAGGUUCCAGAAGUGCUUGCGAAUGGGUAUGCUGAAGGAAGGUGUGCGUUUAGACAGAGUGCGAGGUGGGCGGCAGAAAUACCGUCGAAAUCCAGACACAUUGUUCCCAAGUACUCAACCUCAACACUUCUCUAUGCAACCUGGGAAACCAGCACCAACACUUGAAGAUAACAAAAUUUUAGAAGCAUUAUCAGCUUGUGAACCUGACAUGCUGUCUGCAUCUCCGGACACAACAGUAUCCGAUCCUGACUUACGGACAAUAAGCACCCUUAGUGACCUUUAUGACCGUGAGCUUGUGGGCAUCAUUGGCUGGGCUAAGCAGAUACCUGGAUUCAUGGAAUUGUCACUGAAUGAUCAGAUGAGGCUACUUCAGAGUACAUGGGCAGAAAUCCUUACUUUAACACUGACCUUUCGAUCACUUACAUCUGGUGGUCGCCUCAGGUUUGCAUUGGAUUUCAGUCUAGAGGAACAAGCUGCACGUGAUUGUGGUGCCAUUGAGCUUUAUCAGCAUUGUAUGCAGGUUAUAGAGCGACUACAAGCUGUCUCAGUCAGUAAGGAAGAAUAUUAUCUACUCAAGGCACUUGUGCUGGCAAAUUCGGAUGUGCACAUGGAUGAUGCUGUGUCACUAAAGAGGUUUCGUGAUAGCAUUUUAUCAGCACUGAGUGACUGUGUUGCAGUCAUCAGGCCAGGAUCACCAUUACAUCACACACAACACCUGUUACUGCUACUGCCUGCCUUGCGUCAAGCAGAUCACGUCGUUAGACGCUUCUGGAGCAUGGUGAACCGUGAGGGAAAGGUACCCAUGAAUAAACUCUUUGUUGAGAUGCUGGAAGCAUGUUUUCGAUGAAGGAGUCCACACAGAGCUGCCUAGUAAAUGGUGUGACGAACCCAAUCUGUAUCUCGUGCCUUUGUCAGUCAUUGUCUGCACAUUAUUCAGAUUAUCGAAAGUAAAAUGCAGCUUCCUAAAAUUGUAUCUGCAUUGUUCAUAGAAUUUUCAUGACAUGCAGUUUUACUGUUGACAUUUGGUUAAACAAAUGAAACAUUUGGAAGAUGCUCAUGUACAUGUGGGAUUUAUUACUCGAAUUGUUGUAAUUACUUUACAUUUUUGUGCAGUUACAGUUUUUAACAACCUUUUUCCAUCCCCAGUUACAAAAAUACUGCCAGAAAUUCUUUGAUCCUUUCAAAAUAACUUGUUAUUCUCCAGCUAAAGUCUUGUUUUAAAAUGUAGUAAUUACGUAUCAUAAUGUGUAGCAUUAAUAGUUUUGUCACAGUACUGCAAAAAUAUAUAUUACAGACAACCGUGGCUGCUACUUACAUAGGAAAAUUGAAAAUCUCAUAACAUGUAAUACAAAGUGUUGUUACUAUUGGAGUUACACAUAUCCUCAGAAUUAGAUGUUAUUGAUUUGUUACACUGUAGUGUAAGACCAACUAUAGGUUUAUUUUUUGAUAAUGUUGGGAAUGGCUGAUGAGCAAAAGUUAACCGCACCAUUAUGAAGCUCCUCUUUGUCCAUUGUGUUUCAUCUCUUGUUUCAGAAUUUUUUAGUACUCUACCUUGUACCAUAUAUGUGUGUAAGUGGUUUGCUCUAGGUAUGUGUGCUAGAUGUACAGAACUGAAUAUUUAAGAGACAGGCCUAAUGGGGCAGCAUAAUAGAGUGAACCACAUCUUGAAGAAAUCAAGAGCAGCAAAUUGCAGUGUUUAACAAAGGAAAAACAGAGAAGAAAUGGUACUGUUAAAAGACAGUGAAUUAUGAGUGAUAUUUAUAGCAUACAAACUGAAUUGGGGGCUUGUCUGAGUGUUGUGAUGUAACAUUUCUUGUCUGUCCUUUGUUCUGCAUUUUUCCUUAUUCAUUGCAUGGUUCUGUGUUGCAGGUUAAACACAUUGUAAUCUUGUGCUCAAAUGUUUAUCCGAAGUGAAAAAUCAAAUGUAAAGAUUGAUUCAGCUUUAUCAUUUGGGAGUACUUCUUGUGAAGUUGCAGUGUUCCUUUUGUUCCUUUUAAUAACUUACUACAAAAUGAGUUCAUGUUUUGCAGCAGAGUAUUUCAGAUGAAAACAUUCAACAAGCUUAAUUUGUUGUAGCAUCUUUGAAGUAGCUCAACAUUUUUCAAACUUAAGUCUGUGGAGUCAUUCUCAUAAAGUUGCUCUUAGUAGAAAGUUCAGCAAACUGUUUGUUUGGUGUACAUCUAUUAGCUUUAAGAUUUUGUAAUUCAAUGUAAAUGUAAAUAUUCAUCAUCAUUAGUUAGGUCCAUAGUUUGUUCCAAAAUAUCUAUUGCUGCCUUCAUGACAUCUCAGGUAUGGUAUAAAAUGUUUCAAAUCCUCUUCAAUAUGAAAAAGAAUUCAUAGUUCUGAAAUGUAGGAGAACGAAUAUUAAUGGUGGCAGUUUGUAAAAGAUCAGCCUGUAGUAUGAUUUACCAUGAUGAUGUGUAUUGUUGGCUAUAAUCUGACAUUUUGUGCAGAAUGAUUGUGAUGUGUUUUUUACAACAAACACUGCAGCCAGUAUGAAAUGGGUUCUGAUGUAAAACAAGAAUAUGCUGAACAGUUGACAGUAUGAGUUUGUACACAACAAAUAAAAAAUAUAUAUAUUAGAUAUGGGGAGGCAAACAUAUGAGAAAGUUGCAAAAGCAGUUACUUCUCCACCAUAGCCAGAAUUUCCUGCAAGAAAGAAAAUUUGAAGCUAGGGAUACAUCUGUCCCUACCCGAUUUGUUGGAUGACUUUUAAGUUCUCAUAUUGUCAACAUAGUUGUGGAAACAAAAAGAUGUAUUCUCCCAUGAUAAUAUUAAUGCACUUUUCAGGCUGUUACAUAAUACAUAAUAUAUGGUUUGAAAACAGAUAAUACUCUGUGUAAAUGCGACAACUGGCUGUGAUGUUAAUUCUUUUGAAUCCGCAGAAAUUGACUAAAAAAUAGUUUGUUUUAUUGUCAGAGCGAAAACAAAAUUUAUAUUUGUUGAUUAGUAGUUAGCUCUUAUGGCAGGUCUGUGCACACAUAAUUAUAUGGAUCAAUUCACAGUGGUACAUCAGUUCAGAUGAAGUUGUUUAUAUCAAUCUUUGUUUUAUGAUGCCAAGGUCUUUUGUAAUUAGGAAACAAUGUUUCACUUCACAUCACCCUUAAAGUAAACAUGCAGAUCGAGGAUCUGUUAAUGCCAAGACAAUAAAAACUGUGUCUUUGCUUGCACACAAAACAUAUUGUUCAAAAUGUAAAUAGUGAUUGUGCAAAAGAAACGAAAGAAAAUAUUUAUUAAUGUUGUUGUGCCAGGCAAACUUUAAUUUUUUUUUAAGACUUAACCAUCGUUAUAUCUUACUUUCUGUACUUCUAAAGCCAUUUUCACCAGGACUGUAAUCAAAGGAAAAUAUUGAAUGUCUGCUACUCUGAUUUUAUAUUAUUUUGUUAUCACCUACCCUUAGAAUAGCAUGAUUUUUGUUCCAGAGUGAUACGUAUUUUUAAAAUGCUUGAGUGUCUUAUAGUUGCUGAUUGGUGAGCCACCACAGUCUGAUAAGCCUUGUUCAGUCAUUAGAACUAAGUGCAAUGUAAAGCAAGUGUUGAAGUAUGCAACAUGGUCUACAUAAUUCACAUUUUCUGAUUUGGAAAUCUCUGUCUCUUUUUGUACUACUUCUGGUACUCCAUGUUUUGGAGUAUGUGAUUAAUAUUUAGAUUUUCAUGAGUGACAAUUCCUCUACUAUAAUGCACUGCUUAGGGAGAGAACAUGAUUAUAAACAUCUGUUUACAGUUUUCAAAUUUACAAAAAUUUCAUAUGUGAAGCUAAUUUAUCACUGUAUUCUGCCAAAGAGAUGUCUUAGUGGGUACAUGGUGUGUGAAGAAUUCCAUUUCUGCUGAAAAAGUAGCCUCUUCCUCUGUCUUAACCAUGCUGUGGAACUUGUAUACAGUUUAAAUGGAAAUAUUCUUAGUUGGACUUAAUGUCACAAAGUACAGUUCAUGAAGAAAUUUGAUCACUGUCAUAGUAUCAUCAGACUAUCAGAAGCAUUGUAUUUUUUGAAGUAUGGUGUAUAUUUGUUGAUCACCUUAUCAAAAUCAUGUUUAUUGUAGUAGAAAUAGUGUGUUUCUCUUUUGUUGCUUCUAACCUCUGUAGCUGAUAAUGCAUGGUGACAAUUGACACAUUUAUUCAACCUUCUUGACAUAGCUGCAAAAUGGAACUGCUUGUACCUGCAGAAUACACUGGGUAAUUUAUACCCAUUUCCCUAUAACAGUGAUAAGUAGUUGUGUUUCAUCAUACUACAGAUUCACAAGUGUGCAUCAGGAUCUAACAUCAGAAUGAAACUCCCCACAUUUUGAAGAGAGAAAUUUUCUUGGGAAAGAGACUGAGUUAAUUAUUUUACCUAAAACCCUGUGAACUACAGCUGUUUGUAUAGUUAUAUUUGUAUACUAUUGUACAGAGCAAUACUUUUUUUGGAGUAAAACUGACUCAACAUGUGCAAAAAAUUUUCACAAAAUGUGCAUCAUUUUCAUGUUUCAAACCACUUAUUACAAACCAAAAUGGAGUGGAUAUAAGGAUUCUGGAAUCUUAUGAAGCAAUAAAUUUGUGUAUGAACAUGUGCAUAAAAAUGAGAAAAGAUUCUCUUGCUUUCUCACUCGUCUGUAAUAUCCUUGUCACUGAAGUGAUAUUGACUGCAAUUUUCGUUAAUGAUGAUAUCCAUUGCUUAUUCAUAGUUUUGCGUAUUAUUAUUUCUGAAGUACAGACCAUUCACUGACACUCUCAGCUACAUAGUAAUCACUGUACCAUACUGCAUAUCACAUUCCAUCAAACUAUGCUAUUCAUGGCCAGUAUUUGUGUAUUUGGUGAUUUUUGUUUUGUAAGUGGUAGGCUUAGGUCGAAGGCAUAUCUCUCUGCCAAAUGUUUCAUCUUCAGUGCUGGAGAUGUCAUCUGAGGCUGGCUGAGCUUGUAUGAGAUUGUAACUGCUUUCAUCUGAGCUGUUAUUGCAUCUGAUGAUGUCUUGCAGCAUUGGAAUAUGAUAUGUUAGGCUGAGAAAUACACUUUGGACUAUGGCCCAAUGUCUGUAAAACAAAAAUCACCAAACCGUAAGGCACUGUUAUCAUGUAAUUCUAAAAACAGAAAUUCACAUUUAGUUAAUAUAUCAGAAAUAAUGUAUGUAUAUCAGAUGAACACUGCACAAAAUGUGUCAUUAACUUUCAGGUGUAUCAUUAUUAUCAGACUGUGGUAACUAUAUUCAUAAGAGAUAAAUUUUUUGGUAUUUUUAUCAUUCUACUUUGUAUAUUUGAUUAUAUGAGAACGAAGUCUCUUACUCAACAGAUUAUGUGUUAUGUCAAUUAUAUGUGACAAAAUCAAAGUUGCAUGUCAGGCCAGAAUUAUAACUCAGAUUCCUGCCUUUUUUAGGCAGUAUGUUAUUAAUUGUACCAAAAAAGAAAGAUACUUUGACCAGUUGAGUCUUUGUAUUGGUGUUAGAGGUGAUGGAUGGUGUAAUUGACUGGACACUGCCUGACAAAGGCAAUGAUCUGAUUUUGAAGUUUUAACUUGUCAUAUAUAGUCAUCACCAUUUAUGUUUGCACAAAGAAUAUUUUAAUGGUAUAAUAAUUAUUUAACCUCCUGUAUCCAAAUCGUAAUGACAUAUAAGAUCUGGCAAAAAGUUUCAUGUGAGAUAUUUAAUACAGGGUAUUCAAAAUUUUCAUGAAGUGUCCCAUAAUACUUAUAUUCUAAAUCAUUAUGGAAAAAGUAUUCUUUUUGAAAUUACGGCAUUAAUUAAUGUUAUAGUGAAAGGAGUAUCAAUUUGUUGUAAAAGUUCAGAGAACUUGUACUUAAUAACACUCAUGGACACAUCUUGAUUUAGCUGUGUGUCUUCUGCCCAUUGUUUACAGGCAUCUGUUGCAUUUAGCUUCUGUUGCUACAAUUAUUAUUGUUAGUUUUGGCUUACGUUGACAUAUAAAAAUUUCUCUUGAAACUGACAUGCAUUAUGGUAUAGUUUUCCUGGACUAAAUGAUCAACCUGUAAAGACAUUGGUUUUAAUUGGAAUCUGAGAUUAAAAUUAUCUUGAUAUUUUGUUUGUUUGAAUGAUGCUUUUUAGAGCUAUAGUUUAUGUAACAGACAUUCAGUAUCUUCAUAGCAAAACUAGAAGUAGUUUCGACUUCUGUAUAAAAAUGUCUUGAAAUCUAUAGAUUAGCAAAACUUCAUAAACACUUUUAGUUUUCUGAUUGAACAUAAUAUGUAAUUAUUAAAGUAUUUCCUGAAAACCAUGUUAUUUUGUAGUUACAUCUGUGCCUAUGCUCUGAAAUUCAGUGGUCUUAUAAUUUUGAUAUGCCCAUGCCAUAUUUUUCAAGAACUGUAUAACUUUAGAAAUGAGAUAGCAGAAUUAUGUGCUUCAUAUGUGAUGAAAUUAUAAUGUCAGUAGUUCUGAUCCUAUCCAUAUCUUUUUUCUUACCAUUUGCUAUGUAGAAAACAAUAUUUUAAUUAUUCAGUAUUUAAGAAAGAAAGGGCUCACUUUUUUAUGAAGGAAAAAAUCAGAAACUGGAAAACUGAAGCAGAGGAUGUGCUGCAUAGCAUUAAAACUUAGUACGCAAUCACUGAAAGAUGCUCCAGUUUAAACAGGCUUAAUUAUUUCUGGUAAAAAAAUUUAGUGCAAGCAGAUCUGUACCAAUAGACAAUUCUUCUUCUUUUAAAUUGUUUAAUUUUGGAUGAUUACUUGUUAGUAAGACAAAAGUAAACCUAGGACAGCUAAGAAGAAAGCACUGUGUAUGAAGAGAAGUAGGUUAUAAAAAGUAAUGCUGUUCUCAGCCUUAAUCAUUUUGAAGAUUUUGAAAUUCAGAGCUGCUUCUUUAGCGCGUAGCAAUAGAAACUAAGAAAACAAAACAACAACAAAAGGCAUGCAUAAUACUUGGUGAGGGAAAGCAUAAUAAAUGCAGCAUGAGAUACAUUACCAGAA